GUCUGUCUGGCUCUCUCUCUCUCUCUCGCUCUCACUGAAGGCAUGGCCACAUCUCACAGCGACAAAAGAGAGAGAGGGAGGCAGAGGGGAGAGAGACCUUGACGGAAUCUGAGAGAGAGAGAGAGAGAGAGAGAGGCUGCAGACUCCGUGUCCACAGAGGAAGAGGAGAAGAAGAAGAAGAAGAGUCUCCAUCUUCGCUCCGUCACUCCAAUCAUGAAUUUAGAAGACGACGUCUAAAACUGUGUGUGAUGUAAAAAACUCUGCGGAGACCAGAACCAGAACCUGUUUGACAUCCAAUCAGCUCUGACCAGAUGGAGGCGAACGCUGUGGAAAAACGCCAUCGAACGCGAUCCAAAGGAGUGCGAGCUGCUGUGGAAGCUGUAACACAAGAGUUAUUCAGCUGUCCCACCCCAGGCUGUGAUGGCAGCGGUCACGUCAGUGGUAAAUACGCCAGACACCGCAGCGUGUACGGCUGCCCGCUCGCCAAGAAGAGGAAGGCUCUGGAAAAACAGCCGCUGGAGCCGGCUGCCAAGAGGAGGCCCUUUCUCACCUCCUGCCCGGGCGAUGAGGAAGACGAGGAGGAGGAGGAGGAGGCUGCCGUCUACACCGCCUACAAGAACCAAGCCAUGGAGGGGGGAGACGUGGUGAAGGAGGAGGAGGAGGAGGAGGAGGAAGACGGGGAAGUGGAGGAUGAAUUCUCAGAGGACAACGAGGAGCAGGGAGAUGAGGAGGAGGAGGUGGAGGUGGAGGUGGAGAGGGCGGAUGCGGCGAUAGGACGAGAGCGGGUGGAAGACGAGGAGGAGGAGGAGGAGGAAGACGAGGAGGAGGAGGAUGGGAUGGACGAGGAGGACGUGGAUGACGGCGACGAUGAGGAGGAGCAGGAGGACGAUGGAGAGGAGGACGAGGAGGAGGAGGAGCAGAAUCAUCAGCAGGUGAACCUUUAUAAACCCGGCGGACAAUCAAAGCUCCUCCCAGUCCAGAAGGACGACAACAACAACAACAACAACAACAGCGGCGCCAUCGGCGCCACCGGCGAAGACUACGAGAACUACGACGAGCUGGUCGCAAAGUCGCUGCUCAACCUCGGCAAGAUCGCAGAAGACGCCGCGUACCAGGCCAUGACCGAGUCCGAGAUGAACAGCAACUCCUCCAACAGCGGCGGGGAGGACGAGGACGAGGACGAGGACGACGGCAGCGAGCCCGGGGACAGGAAGGGCGAGCUGAGCGUGGACCUGGACAGCGACGUCGUCAGGGAGACGGUCGACUCCCUCAAGCUGCUCGCGCAGGGCCACGGCGCCGUGCUGCCCGAGGACGGCUACACGGAGGUGGCGGACGAGGGGCGGGGCGUGGUGGGGAUGAGGGCGGAGGAGAACGAGGAGGGGGUGUGUCUCAGCAGCCUGGAGUGUCUGAGGAACCAGUGCUUCGAUCUGGCUCGCAAACUCAGCGAGACGCAGCCGUGCGACCGCACCGGACACCUGAUCCACCAACAGCUGCAGCACGCCGCCGACCAGCAGGUGGCGCACCACCAUGCUCACCACCACCACCACCACCACCAUCACCACCACAGCAGGUACGAGAGCUGCCACCAGGGGGCGCCAGAGGAGCCCCGCUCCGCGGAGCACCACUACUCAGACAUGGUGAACCUGAUGAAGCUGGAGGAGCAGCUGAGCCCGGCGUCGCGCGGUUACCCCACCAGCUGCAGCCAGGAGGGCGACGAGGACACCACGUCCGUGGCGUCCGACCGCUCCGACGAGACCUUCGACAUGGCCAAGGGGAACCUGUCGCUGCUGGAGAAGGCCAUCGCCCUGGAGUCGGAGAGGGCAAAGGUCAUGAGGGACCGCAUGGCCUCGGAGCACGCCGGGCACAGCCCGAGGCUGAGCAGCAGCGCCGAGGACCGCAGGUCCAGGAUGCACCACGACGGGCUGAAGAGGGCGUAUUACCCUAAAGAUUCUUCCAGGGGGGACAAGAAGGAGAGCAAGUGUCCGACGCCGGGCUGCGACGGGACAGGUCAUGUGACGGGUCUGUACCCGCACCACCGCAGCCUCUCCGGGUGUCCACACAAAGACAGAGUCCCACCUGAGAUUCUUGCCAUGUAUGAAAAUGUUUUAAAGUGUCCUACUCCCGGCUGCUCCGGACGGGGCCAUGUCAAUAGCAACAGGAACUCACACCGCAGUCUGUCUGGUUGUCCCAUCGCUGCUGCAGAGAAGAUGGCAAAGGUUCAUGAGAAAAGUCACCUGACCGACAGCGGCAGUAAAUCAAACCAGACGUCGGACCGUGUCCUCAGGCCGAUGUGCUUUGUCAAACAGCUGGAGAUUCCUCAGUACGGCUACAAGAACAACGUCCCGACCACGACACCGCGCUCCAACCUGGCCAAGGAGCUGGAGAAGUACUCCAAGACCAGCUACGACUACAGCGGCUACGACGGCCAGCACGCCCCCGGCUACAAGAGAGGCCUGACCGCCAAGUCCCAGCACGGGCGAGACACGCCUCCUAAGGGCUUCGAUGUCAAACGCUUCUGUAAGACGUCGAGUCCGGCGAGCAGCACGACCAGCAGCUACGCCCCGAGCAGCAGCAGCAGCCUGAGCUGUGGGGGAGGCGAAGGAGGGGGCGGGCUCAGAGGCGGAGGAGGGGGCGGAGGCAGCAGUGCCAGCAGCACCUGCAGUAAGAGCAGCUUCGACUACACCCACGACAUGGAGGCGGCGCACAUGGCGGCCACGGCCAUCCUCAACCUGUCAACGCGGUGCCGGGAGAUGCCGCACGCUCUGGGCGUGAAGCAGAGUCCGGUGGACGACCUGGACGACAGCGGCGCGGUGGACGUGGCCGGUCAGCCCGGGGGUCCGGAGGGCAGCGGGACGGUGUUGACCCCCCUGCAGCCCAUGUCCCCGCAGCGUCAGGCCCUGCUGAGCAGCCGCUGCUACCAGCUGAGCGAGGCCGACUGCUGGGACCUGCCCGUCGACUACCCCAAGAUCAAGCGCCUGGGAGACGAGCAGGAGCACAAGGAGUCGCUCUAUUUCUCGUCCCUGCACCAGAGCGACGAGCUGGACCCGUUCCAGGAGCUGCUGGACGAGCAGCGCUACCCGACCGAGGUGACCACGCCCAGCCCCAAACACCACAAGUACCCUCCGUGCAAGGAGAGCAAGAAGGAGCUCAUCACGUUGUCCAGUUGUCAGCUCGCAGACAAGAACAUCCGCGGGAUGAUGACGACAAACUCGCAAGAGCUUAAGUGUCCGACCCCCGGCUGUGACGGCUCUGGACACAUCACUGGAAACUACGCCUCCCACAGGAGUCUGUCAGGUUGUCCACGUGCCAAGAAGAGCGGCAUCAAAAUCAUCCACAGCAAAGAAGACAAGGACGACCAGGAGCCAAUCAAGUGUCCAGUCCCAGGCUGCGACGGACAGGGUCACGUGACGGGGAAGUACGCCUCCCACCGCAGCGCGUCGGGCUGCCCCCUGGCUGCCAAGAGGCAGAAGGACAGCUACGUCAACGGCUCGCAGUUUGUCUGGAAGUCCGGCAAGACGGACGGCAUGACCUGUCCGACCCCGGGCUGCGACGGGUCGGGACACGUCAGCGGGAGCUUCCUGACACAUCGGAGUCUGUCCGGUUGUCCUCGAGCCACCUCGGCCAUGAAGAAAGCCCGGAUGAGCGGAGUGGAGAUGCUGACAAUCAAGCAAAGAGCAAGUAAAGGCAUCGAAAACGAUGAAGAAAUCAAACAGCUGGAUGACGAAAUCAAAGAUUUGAACGAGUCCAACAAUCAAGUGGAGUCGGACAUGAUAAAGCUGAGGACACAAAUUACCACCAUGGAGACAAACCUGAAGUCCAUCGAGGAGGAGAACAAAGUGAUCGAGCAGCAGAACGACUCGCUGCUGCACGAGCUCGCGAACCUCAGCCAGUCGCUCAUCAACAGUUUAGCUAACAUCCAGCUGCCGCACAUGAGACCGCUGCCACAGAAAGAGGCCCCAGUAAAGCAUAACUGCUGUUUACAGAUGCCUCCCAGAGAGCCAAUGAACGAACAGAACUUUGACUCGUAUGUGAGUACGCUGACGGACAUGUACACCCACCAGGACCAGUACCAGAGCCCGGAGAACAAGGCGCUGCUGGAGAACAUCAAACAGGCCGUCCAGGGCAUCCAGGUUUAGCCCCGACAAAAAAAAAACCCACACGAGAAAAACAAAUGCAAAGCAACAACAACAACGAAAAAAAUGAAAAAAGGGGAAUGGGUUGUUUUUGCUGCUGUAACUUUUUCCCCGGUUCUUUUCUUUCCUCUGCUUUUAUGCUUUCAGCUCCAUGGGUAUCUCUGCGUUUCCUUUUUCAGGAUGAGUUCCGAUUGUCGUUGCCUUGCUUUAAAAAGAACGUUUUAAACAAACAAACAUCCAUGUUUUGUACAUUUUCAUAUGACCUAAUAUAAUGUGACGUACUGUUUAUAGCUGCUAAUGUAUGCACAUUUUCGUGUAUAUGUAUUUAUUUAUUUAUUGUACGCUUGAAUCACGUCUUUGUUUUCAUGCGAUUUACAUAUGUGGAGAAACUGGGCGUCACGGGUUUAACAUGGAGCGAAGCCGCGACAGAGGGAACAAUCAAUUUUAACUACUACUAAUAAUAAUACUAAUGAUAAUAACGAGGGUUGCCGUGGCCACGCCGUUUUGAACCCACAAAACCUUUCGACAACUUUUCACCUUUGAUGUGUCAAGUACAAGUUGCCGUGUUUUUUUUAAUGUUGAUACAACAAACGCACUCGAGAAUGAGAAAUGGACCCCAAAAUUAAAAAUGGCCGACUUCCAUGGUUACGGUCAACGUUUUUGUUCGUCUUGGUCUGUAACAUCUUCCUACCAAGUUUCGAAAAAUUCGGUGGAACUCAAUUUUGCCUCUGUUUUCACCUUAGGGGGCGCUAUAGAGCCCUUGAGCAACGGACAUGUCCAAGAACUAUGCCAAUAUCGCAUUUUCGCCAGACCCGACUUCCAUGCAAAGUUUCAUUUAUGGGAUGUAUACGCGUGGAUUUUCUGUAUUUGGACCACGCCCAUUCCUGUAAAUCUUUAGCUAAAAUAAACGCGGAGAAGAGACGACGAUUUGAAACAUCACGACACGGAAACGUACUGGUGCAAAUCCCGCGGUUGUUUCAUUCUCUUUCCUCUUCUUUUUUGGUCGCUUUUCUUUGUUAAAAACGGCUACGGAUAAAAAAAAUGUAGGAGACAAUCGGAGCGCGACGACGAUGACUCAGCAAUAUUGGUACGAUCGUAUUUGUUUAGAUAUGGGAUGCAAUCUAUAUGAAAACUAUGUUUGGGUAUAUGCAAUUUCUUAUAAAUGAAACUAGCAAAGAGCUGAUCGAUGUUUUUACGAACUAUAAAUGUGUCGCGUUUUUUGUACAAACCUUUUACUACAAUCAUGUCGUGGGAAUCGGACGCGGGUGAAAGGACAUUGAUGUUUGGACUUUGCACAGGGACACCUUUGUUUCCAUGUUUUGAUGUUUUUAUUGUCGAUAAAAGGACGAAGAAGAAAAAGUUUCUAAAAUGGCCGACGGCUCCGCCGGACACACAGGGUCGAAAUCAAACGUCCCCAUCUCUACUUGUAUCAUUGUCCUCAUUCUGUAAAAAGAAAAAAAGAAAAAGCUCUUUCCGAUCAUGCGUCUAAACGUCGGAGCUGCGACCGAGCCGUGCUUUAUUAUUUUGUCGUUUUAAAAAUCUCUCUGAUUUGUUUUUUUUGGGGAAAAAAAAAGACGUUGUCGUCUUGAGCUGAAUCAGCGCAGAGUUUACGACACGACGGGACGAUGUUUUUCAUGCAUGCACUUUAUCGGAGUUUGUCAAGUUAUUAUUGCGUCGGUGGAAGAAAAAGAAGAAGAAGAAGUGAAAAACUGUACGAAUGAGAGUUUGUGCUGGCAAUUUUUCGUGAGCUAAUGUCGCAAAUUUGUCACUCAAAAGGAAAACUUUCCCCUCAGCGUCACUUUACGAACAUUUACUCUUGCAAAAAACAUCGCAAAAGAUCCAAAGAUAUUUACAAGGAAAUUCUCGAAUACAAUUAAGUAUUUUUGAAUUGAAUUAAGAGUAAAAAUCGUAAAAAAAUGUCUUUAUUACGAACCUAUUUUAUUACUUAAAGGACAAUUUUCCCUCAGAAUCUGAUACGUUACCAACAUUUUCACCAACUGUGACAAAAAUGACGAGUCACACUCAACACGGACAAAUAAUUCAGAUUUCUAAAUAUGACAAAUGUGUAUUUUUCUUAUUUUUCUUUACACGUGUGUAAAAUAUCCCCCAAAAAAUCUGAAUUAUUAUUGAUUAAAACAUGAAAAUGUUUGUCACUCACUGUAAAAAAAUAACAGUCUUUAUAAAAUGUCUUAUUUGAGCUGAAUAAACUGAAAAAACAUUAAGAAUUCAAACAGAAUUACCGGCAAAUACUUUGCUUAAACUUUUCUGUAGAAUGUCUGAGGGAAUUUUUUUUAAAUUCAUUUAAAUAUCCAAACAAAUUCAGUGAUGAAGUUGGAAAAAUUCAGACAUUUUUGAUUUUUAAAAUAAUAAAUAAGCAUUUUUUCCCAUUAUUUUUGAUGAAAUAUGUAUAAAAAUGUCCAGAUUAUCUUGAAUAUUUGCUCUAAAAUCUUGUGACUGAAGAUUAAAAUGAUCACUGAUGAAUGGAAAACACGACGUUGUCCUGACGACGAGGGGAAGUUUUCCUUUAACGCCGGAUUCUUUGCACGUCAGUGUUUUUCGCAGCUUCCUGCCACUGGAACCUUUUGCGUUUUAAUGAACUUUAUUUUUAUUUAGUGAUUUUGAAUUCUUUUUGACUGAGAAACAAAAGGAAACGGACGUUUAAAGCACAAAUUCUGCCACUGAGCGACGCGGCUUUGAGAUUGUUGUUAAUAUGAGAUGUAAAAGCUAAACAGUGUAAUAUUUACAUAGAGAAGUCGAGCGCUAACGCGUUACACGAGCUCCAAUGCAAAAGACGUAUGAAUAUUUGUGAAAUCAUGAAUUCUUCUGUUUGAUGAAGGGGUUUUUAUACGCUUUACUUUGUUCUUUUCGCCCCUUUUUUUUCUUUACUUUUCUCUCUGUUACUCGCAAACUUUUGUGCGACAGUUUUUUCCGACCACGAGGCAUGACGCGUGGUUCCGUGGGUGAUUUUUUGCUGUAUGUUUCAAGAGUCACGAGUUGCUACGUGAUAUUUCAUUUAAACUUGUGAAGUUCGUACGGUUUUUAAAUUCAUGCUGGUGUUGGCAUCUUUUUUGCUCUGAAUAAAUCUUGUGUUGCAACACGGAGA